GCACAUGCAACGACCAGGCGGCGUCGGGCCCAGGCUUCCUCCAUCUCGGAGUUGAUGGCAGGACGACCAGCUGUUUACAACACCGCAGCAUACCUCCCCAGCCAUGUCGUUCCAGCGCUCUUCCGACCUAGAAGCGCAGCCCACCACCUGGCGCCGCGAAGAUGACCCCCAGUAUGCCGAUGAUCCCGAGUUCCGCGACUUCGCACAGCAGCUAUCCGACAAGCUCUUCUCGCUCACUCGCAAUGUCGCACAUCUUGCAGACCAGAUCGCUAUUCUAGGGACAAAGCGCGAGACCGCACGGGUACGGGAGCGUGUCCGUGAGAUAAUCGACGAUACUUCGGCCAGUUUCAAGGACAUCGGCGAGGGCUUGAAGAAGAUCACGACAUGGCCGGACCUCGGGCCCUCCCAGAAGUUUACCCAGUCAAAGCUGAACCGCGAGUUCAAAGCCACUCUUACGGAGUUCCAGCAACUGCAACGCCAGGCGAUUGAGAAAGAGAAGGCAUCAGCGUCCGCAGCACGUGCAGCAUUGCAAGAGCAGACCUCGCCCACUGAAGAAAGAGGAGGUUUCGAGCAGCAGCAGGACCAGGAGCAGCUACGGUUGGCCAACCAGGAUGAAGUCGAUUUCCAGGAAUCGCUGAUCAUUGAGCGUGAAUCCGAGAUCCGCAACAUCGAACAAUCCGUUGGCGAGCUCAACGAGCUGUUCCGUGACGUAGCGCAUAUGGUCCAUGAACAAGGCGAGCAACUGGACAUCAUCUCAGAGAAUAUUGAGACCACGCAUGACGCCUCGCGGGGUGCCCACAAGAACCUUGUACAGGCGAACAGAUACCAGAAGAAUGCUCGCAGCAAGGCCUGCAUUCUGUUGAUUAUACUGACUAUCGUCUUGACCAUCAUCAUCCUGGCGGUUGUCUUGGACUAGUUCUCAGUUUUUCUGUUCGAUCGGAAUCGUGGUCUGCAUUGUCUUAGAUGUUAUGGGCGUUGCACUGGAGUUGGCACUGAUUUAGGCCUGAUAUCCUCGGGUUCUGGACCGCGGUGUCUGGUUUGCAUAGCGGUAGCUGAGCCUAAUUGUUCAUAUUAUACCUUUACAACAGGACAUACUC